AUGACCCCACCGAAGUCUUUACUGAUCGACGUCCGCUCCCCUGCCGAAUUCGCAACUGGUUCGCUCUCACUCGAUCUGCGCCCCGCCAUCAACAUCGAAUACCAGCUCAUCGAUACACUCCCCGCCGUCUACCCAGAUGUGAGCAAAGACACCAGCAUUACUCUUUACUGCAGAAGUGGGAGACGAUCCGAUAUUGCGCUAAAAACGCUGAAGGCGCUGGGUUACACAAACGCGAGGGAUAUUGGGGGGCUAGAGGACGCGCGGGCGGUAUUGGAUAAGGAAACCGUGACCAGGCAAUUGGAAGAGGGGAUGGAGCAAGAGAGUGAUGAGAAGGAAAUUGGAAAGACUGGGAAGGAGAAUGUGAAGAGUGGAGAGAGGGUUGAGGCGUUUGGGAAGUUGAUGGAGGGACUGAGGGCUUUGGACGAUUGA